UCAAUAAUAUAUAUACAGCUAAUCUCUUUUUAUUUAACGUUUCUGUAACGACCAACUUCAAUCCUUGCAACAAAUCUUCCUUCCCUUCACCUACCACAUGGCGCCCAGACGAAAGUCCAAAGGAGCGGCCUCUGCGGUCAAUAAAACGAAAAUUAAGAACAAGUCUGCUGUAAAAAAGAGUAAACGCUCUAGUAAGACUGAAAAACCUGCUCAAGUAAUACUUUCCUCGAAGAACACCAAAAAGGAGAACAAGAAGCAAGUCAAGCUUCCACAGCUCGAAGAGAGAUCUCUUACGGAAGAAGAUGUUGCAUUUAUCGAAGAGAACAAGGAGCAUUUAGGAUUCCUUGCGAGCUUGAAACCCGAGGAAUUGGCAAAAAAGGUUGAAAAGGGCUCUCGUCCGGCCAUAUACGAUGCAAAGAAGUCUCAGGCUUCAAACUCAGAAGAUGAAGACGAGGAAAACUAUUAUUCAAAUGACUCUGAAGCUGAACAGGACUACGAGAUGCGUCCUCGAGUUAUCAAAAGCUAUAAUCCAAACGUAACAAACCGUCUGCCUAUCAAAACUGCUAGUGGCGCACUCGGUGUUGCCGAUUAUGUGCAGCAGGACGAAGAAUCUGAGGCUAGCAAUGAAAGCGAGGAAGAGAAGGAGGCCCCUUCUGCAGAAGAAAUGGACGUUGACGAAGCUGCCAUUCAGCCGGUCAAAUUGGAGAAACCCUUGUCGACAAAAGAGCAACUGCUAAAGAAUAAAGAGGAUAUCGCUUCUUGGGCACAAAAGAUUCUUGAAGAUCCCAUUGAAGAACUUCAUCACCUUCGGGACAUUUUGGGACUAUACGAAUCUGAAUUGGUCUCAACAAAGAAGAUUGCUCUUCUUUCUACCUUGGCGGUUUUCAAAGACAUUAUUCCCGGUUAUCGCAUUCGUCCUCUCACUGAGGUUGAAAGAGCUGCCAAAGUUUCCAAGGAGGUUGCUAUCAUGCGCGAACACGAAGAAAGUUUGUUAAAGUUGUAUAGUAUGUACCUUGGUAUUUUGGAAACAAUUCUGAAAACACUUUCGCGUUCCGAAGACAAGAAGGAAAUUUCACUAUAUCUGACUGCAAUUCGUUGUGUCUGUACACUUGUGGAAAGCGCUUCUCAUUUUAACUUUCACGAGAAACUGUUCAGUAUGGCAGUUCACCAGUUGGCCACUCGGAGACAAACUGAAGGUACUACACAACUUCAACGUGCCAUUGUAAGUCUUUUCGAAGAGGAUGAGCUUGGUCAGGUGUCGCUUGAGCUUGUUCGUCUGUUAUCAAAAAUGAUGAAACAGCGGGAUUACGAGGUCCAUCCUACUGUACUUGACUUAUUCCUUCAUUUGAGGAUUCUCACAACAAUGGAACGCAAACACGAGGAAGAAGAGGGUUACUAUGCAGGGCCGAAACGGAAGAAGGAUCGUGUUCAUUUCUCCAAAAAGGCCCGUAAGGCAUUUAAGGAAGAGAAGAAGAUUAAAAAGGAGAUGAAGGAAGCGGAGGCUGUCAUCGCAUCUGAAGAUCGUGAACGGAAUCAAUCUGAGGCUCUGAAAGCCGUUUUCCUUACUUAUUUCCGUGUCUUAAAAACACCGGGCAAAUUAGUCGGCAAUGCGUUGGAGGGCAUUGCACGCUUUUCUCAUCUUAUCAAUGCAGAAUUCUUUGCCGAUUUGCUUCAGGCUCUGCGUGAGUUGGUUGACGACGACAAUGUUCGUAUUGCUGCCUCGAAAAAGCCAGGACAAACAACGCGUGAAGCUUUACUCACUGUUUCCACUGCCUUGGAACUGGUGUCGACGCAUGGAAUUGGAAAAAUGAAUUUAGAUCUUGACUUGUCUUCAUUUGUGUAUCGCUUGUACGGUAUACUUUAUCCAUCCUGUUUGAACCCGGACAUUGACUUGACAGAUCGUGCCGUGCGUCUACGUGAUCCUGAUGCGCCUAACAAGCCUCGCAAGGUCAACCUUGUUACAGAGAUGGAAAUUAUUCUCAAGUGCUACCAGUAUCUUUUCUUUAAAACCCGCAAUCCCAAUUUCACCCGACUUGCCUCCUUCACCAAAGCAUUGGGAACAGCAGCUCUCCAAUUGCCUGAGCAAUCGACGAAAGCUGCACUUACAUUGCUCGUGCGUAUCCUAAGUCGCUUCUCUAAACUCCAGCGUAUGCUGGCUUCAGACGAACGUGUUGGCGAUGGUUUGUACCAACCUUUCGUGGAGGAUCCAGAGCUCUGUAAUUCUACGUCUGCCAUUCUUUACGAACCAUUCCUGUUGCGAAAUCACUACUCCCCAGAUGUUUCGAGCAUGGCCAACGAACUGUUGAAAUCGACGACGCAGUAAGGAGGGCAAAAAGAAAAAAAAAAGUAUUCAUUUUUGGAACACUACGGAUAUAAAGGGAAAUAGAUUUCAAUGGAUAACAAAAGGGGAA